CCUCCCUCUCUCCUUCCCCACCCUAUCUGUGCCCUCAAUCAUGGAUAUCAUUCUGGAAUUAUGGGACACCUUCAUUGGUGAUCGCCUUUAUUCGACACUCCUUCCCGCCUCGCUCUCCUCGUCCGUCUCGCUGCCGGCCUUCGUCAAUGCGGCCGCCAACACUUCAAUGGCCCUUUUUGGUCCGGAACCUUAUGUCUAUGAACAGGCUACACAGAUGAUCUACCUGGAACCUUCGAAAUACGCGUACCUGAGUGCUUGGCCUAGGAACAAUGUCUACCGUCAAUUCACGAGCUUUUUCUUGAUUACUUGGCUGUUUGGUCUGCUCGUCUACUUCUUGGUCGCCUCGCUUUCUUACAUCUUUAUCUGGGACAAGACAACCUACAAUCACCCCAAAUUCCUCAAGAACCAGAUUGGUCUGGAGAUCAGACAGGCCAUGGCUGCAAUGCCCCCAAUGUCACUGUUGACAGCUCCUUUCUUCGUUCUGGAGGUUCGCGGAUACGCCAAACUUUACGACACCACCGCCGAAGAGCCCUUCCCGUACUACAGCCUCCUCCAAAUCCCCUUCUUCAUCUGCUUUACCGAUUUCUUCAUCUACUGGAUCCACCGUGGCCUGCACCACCCCCGCGUCUACAAGACCCUGCACAAGCCUCACCACAAAUGGAUCAUGCCGAGCCCUUAUGCCUCGCACGCCUUCCACCCGCUCGAUGGCUGGUCCCAGAGUGUCCCGUACCACGUCUUCCCCUUCAUCUUCCCCCUGCAGAAGUUUGCCUACGUCUUCCUGUUCGGAUUUAUCAACCUGUGGACCGUCUUCAUUCAUGAUGGCGAGUACGUCGCCAACAGCCCCAUCGUGAACGGUGCGGCCUGCCACACCAUGCACCACCUGUACUUCAACUACAACUACGGACAGUUUACCACUCUCUGGGACCGUCUGGGUGGCAGCUACCGCAAGCCCAACGAGGAGCUUUUCCGCAGAGAAACGAAGAUGGGCGACAAGGAGUGGAAGCGCCAGGCCAAGGAGAUGGAGUCAAUUCUCAAGGAUGUCGAGGGCGAAGACGAUCGCAGCUACUCCGCCGACAAAAAGAAGAAUCUUUGAAACGACGGCAUCGCAUUCUUCAUGACUUCACAAUG